AUGGACUCGAACCAAGAAGUGGACUCUUCAAACACAGACAGCACAAGCAUAACCAUCACCCCCACCACACCCACCACCACCACAAUUAUGACUUCACCACCAUCGUCUUCAUCAUCAUCCCCUUCAACCCUAAGCCGAUACGAGAACCAAAAGCGCAGAGACUGGAACACUUUUGGCCAAUACCUCAGAAACCACAGGCCACCACUCUCUCUCUCUCGCUGCAGUGGUGCCCAUGUCCUUGAAUUCCUCCGAUACCUCGACCAAUUCGGCAAGACCAAAGUCCACACCCAACUUUGCCCCUUCUUUGGCCAUCCAAACCCACCGGCGCCAUGUCCUUGUCCUCUCCGGCAAGCUUGGGGAAGCCUCGACGCCCUCAUCGGCCGCCUUCGCGCUGCCUAUGAAGAAAAUGGUGGUAAGCCUGAAGCAAACCCAUUUGGGGCUCGAGCAGUGAGGCUCUAUCUGCGUGAAGUUCGCGAUUCGCAGGCGAAAGCGAGGGGGAUUAGUUACGAGAAGAAGAAGCGUAAGCGUCCUCCACAGCCACCAUCUUUGCCUCCACCAAGUUCAAGCUAG